AUGGAGUUCCAGAACUGUGUGGGAUCCUGCGUGUGCACCCCUGGUGCUCAUAACCCUGAGGUGCUUGCCCUCCAGCUGGGCUGUGUGAAAAGGAAAAGGGAAGAGCCAGGGGGUUUGCCCCUUUGCACACACCUUAGUCUUCCUCCUCCCUUCCUUGUUUCCCCUCUGAGCGACUUGCAUUCCCUGAAUGUGUCUUAUGCAGAAGGCUGUCCACAGCCGCCGACUCCCCUCCCCACUGUGUGGCUGCAGCUCUUAUGCCGGCAGGGCUGCCCACAGGCUCUGCCCACAGGAGAGCCCAGCUUCUUCUCCCCCUGGCCAUGGGACAGGCCUGUGCUUGUGGAGUACUGGCUGGAGCUGCCCUCAGGCAGAGGUGGUGCUGCUGCUAGUGGACAACAAGGUUUCCAGCAUGAUUAUUGCUAUGACCGAUGGAACAAUGAUGAAACAUCCAUUUUUGGACACUCUCAAAGAACUGAAAGGACUUGGAGCCUGGGGGCCACCAUUUAUGUGGCUGAUUAUAGGAAAGACCUGAUAACAGCAAUUGCAGACAGCCCUGACCAUGUGUUUGCAGUGGAGAAUGGCUUCAAGGCCCUGAGAAGCACUGUUGAUGCUCUCACAUCAAAGACCUAUCUUGAAGCUAUGUUGGUGGAGCCUUCCUCUGUGUGUGUAGGAGACCCCGAAUCCUACCAUGUGGUUAUUCAUGGAAAUGGCUUUCAGACUCUAAAGAAACAAGAUGAAGUUAUUUGCAGAUUUAUCUUCAAACGAAAUUUCCUUUUAAAUGAACAUCCAAUCAGUAUGGACAAGACUUCCAAAACUUGCCCUGGACCAAAGACAGAAAAACCUGGCAGGAGGGAGUACUUUAUUGAAGUCAGCUUGAACAAUGGCAAAACAUUCUUCAAGAGCAUUGUCAGCGUCACCAGCAGCACAUGUGGCAUUUUUCGCAACUGGCUCUAUUUUGUGCCACCCCUGCUGCUUGCACCACUGCUACUGUGUUGUGUCUGGUGGCUGUGCUGCAAGAAGGCAAGUGAUUUUUCCCCACCCAGCCCUGGGGCCCAGGGCUGCCUCAACAAUCGGGACUUCUGGAAGCCUCAGAUGGACAAGGGCCAGGAGGCAGCCUCUGUGUGGAGGGAGGAAGACAGGGUCCCCCCUGAGGUCCUGAUGGCCCAAAUGGAGGACGAGCAGGAGAUACCACCAUUUCCACCACCACAACUUCUGCACCCACUGCCUCCGCCCCCAGCUCCUGUAAACACCUGCCCCACUGAUUGUUGCUGUGGGUGUCAAGGAGUGUGCGGGAUGAGAGGGGUAGAGGGCAAUCUGGAUACCUUUUGUGACCUCUCUCACCCAAGCUGCCGCCAGGUGCCAUGGAUGUGGUGUCAGCACACGGGCCAGGGGAGGUACCUCAGCUUAGCCCUUGCACAGUCCCAAUGCACACAUGGUCCCUGCUGCCCAAGAAUCUGCUUUCCACACAGCCAGGAGUGCCUUUCCCUAACAGGCUCCCUGCCGCCCAAGGAUGUGCCUGAGACACAGCCCGGAGUACUUUUCCCAAAGACUCUGCAACGCGAAGAGCUGCCUUCAACCCAGCUGGGAGUGCCUCCCCAUCUCUCAGGCACCCUGCAGAACCCCCUUUGUCACUGCCUCCCCCAGAGCUCAACUUCUAAGGCACCAAACACCCAAGAUUAA